UUAAAAUUACAGUGCUUUUCAUCAUUACAGAGAUGCUCUUGCCUCUGAUGGGAACGAUGGCUACAUCUGAAGCUUUGCAAAUUUAUUUUUUCCCUUUUGCCUGCGUCAGGGUGACCUCUGGAAGCUCUGAAAAUUGAAUGAGAUGGACGGGUCCAGCAAAGAGGAUGAGGAGGAGAGCACCUUCACCAACAUUUCUCUCGCAGAUGACAUAGACCAUUCAUCAAGGAUUGUGUAUCCAAGGCUCAAAAGUUUACUCCCCAAGAUGAUGAAUGCUGACAUGGAUGCAGUUGAUGCUGAAAAUCAGGUGGAACUGGAGGAAAAAACACGACUUAUUAAUCAAGUGUUGGAACUCCAACACACACUUGAAGAUCUCUCAGCAAGAGUAGAUGCAGUUAAGGAAGAAAACCUGAAGCUAAAAUCAGAAAACCAAGUUCUUGGACAAUAUAUAGAAAACCUCAUGUCAGCUUCUAGUGUUUUUCAAACAACUGACACAAAGAGCAAAAGAAAGUAAGGGAUUGAUACCCUUCGUUUUAUGGAAUUGCUGCUGAUCUUUUUUCUUUAAAACUUGGGUAGAUUCCACAGGUUACAGUACCUUUGUUUGCGGCUUCACUGAAUAUUUAUGAAAAUAAUGUCAGAGGUAGGCAAAAUUAACAGUAUAACAGGAGACUUCCUAUGAGUCUGUGUAUUAUGUUAGUCUAUGAAAACGUGCAAAUGUAUUGUAGAUACUUUAUAAUUGCAUAUAUUUAUGAAACUUAACGAUGAGUGUUUUAUCAAAUUUGCUUUGGUUUGUAGGCUUAGCACUGUCGUUUCUUAUAGGCUUAGUACAAGACAAUAACCACCAUGUUGUGAGAAAGUGACCAAAAUCAUGUCCUGAAUGCACAGCUUUAUGUCCCCGUCCGCCAUCUUGUGCCUCUUCUCCAUUGGCCUCUCCUUCCUACUUCCCUUCCCCUCGGGGAAAACUGGUUUCACAUUUGUAAAAGUAAUUUUACUAGUUAAUCACUCUGAGAGUAACCUGAACUUUGUUGAAACUUAACCAAAAUAAGAUACUUUCUCAGCUAAGGCUUGCCAUUUGUGAUAUUUAGUAUUGAGGUAGGAUUGCUGGUUUCUUCCGAAUCAGUUGAAAACAGAUGGAGGCUCUGAGCUUAAAAGUGUUUCCUUGAAACUGAAUUGUCGACUUGGGAAGAUUUGUUGGUAAAAACUUUUGUGCACAAAAGAACUCACUUUUUGUAUUAUCUGAGAAGAUGUAAGUUCUGGUCAUUUGUGGGUUUAAAAUAGAAAUCUUGAGGAAAAAACAGAAAUAGGGUGGGAAAGUGCUCGGUAAACAACAGUAACCAACUCCAAAUAUUUUCACUAGAUUUGUAUUAUCUCUGGCACAGAGCAGAUCUUUUGGGAAAUAUAUUUGAAAGUAGAUUAAGGUUGACUAGCCUUUUGUCAGCCACAUCUAGAAAGAGAGCAGUUACACAGAGUUUGGUCUCAAGAUUUAUUUAUACCCAAGAGAUCAACCUUUGCAAAAUUUCUUGAAUGCAUUAGUAUCAGACUCGUGAAUAAAAUGGGAGGGUUUUACGUAUAUACUUAUUGAUGAUCUUGUUCAGUAUUUUGUCUCACUUGUUCUCCUAGAAUUUUCUGUCAGAUCAACUACUUGGUUUGCAGAGUUUUACUCAUCCUUUAACAGUUUCUGAAAAUCUGAUUUGUAGAUACCGCUUGGUAAGAGAAUCAAUAUCAGAAGUUAUGCUAAAAUGUUAUCAUAGAAAAAGAGAUACACUAAUAUAGUUUAUAGUGAUUAGAUUUGGGCUACUUUUAAUCAUGGAAUAAUCUUAUGUAUUGGUGUAAGAGUUGAUUAAUGACUUUAACUGUAUGAAUAUAUAAUAGUCAUACUGCAAACAUUUGCAUCCCUUUUGUGACCUAAUUUACAGACGUUUAAAUUGUGUUGCAAUUCUGCUUUGCUGUUUAAUAAAAAGCUAUUUCAGAGA